AUGUUUUUUAAAAUCGUUGUGGGUUUAUUGAUUCUUCUGUGUUUAAUUGGAAACACUUACAUCAUUUCAAGUGUUCUUUUAAAUAAAAACCUCAGAAAUUGGAUUGGAUAUCACGUGCUAAGUAUUGUUAUCGUGGAUUUUGUUACUGAAGCUUUUUUCAAAUCGUCAGCAGUUUUAAUGCUAAUGCAACAGAACACUUUUGGAGAUUAUCUUUGCUAUCCAAUUUAUAUCGCUUUGCGAUCGAGUCAAACAAUUAUUCUACUCAAUUUAUUGAUCGUUCUUUUCUGGAUUAACGUAGCGUGUUAUGAAAAAAUGAGAGUUUUAAAUAUCACGAGUAAUUCUAGAACAAUUUUGACGAUUGUCGCCUUGUGGAUUGGAACUAUUACUUAUGUUACAUAUGAAAAACUUAAACCACAUUCGGAACUUAAUCUAAAAUCGUGCCGAGAUGAUAAUAAACUUCUUUUUACAUAUGUUGUAAACAUCGCGAUCGCUUUGAUAUUGAUUGCAUUUUAUGUAUCGUUGAUCUCAUUGAAAAUAUUUCGAAAAGCAUCACGAACAGUUCGAAGUCAAGCUAUCUACAGUAACAUCAGCAUGGAACUGUUGCCCAUCAGUGAUGAAGACGAAUGCAAUGACAAACGAAUGAGAUUGAAUAUUUAUAAUUCCUGA